UGCGAGAUCAUACGCUGAAGUAUCAUCAAUAUUUCAAAGAUGAAGUUCGCAUUGGUACUGUUGGCCUUCGUGGCUACGGCCUCCGCCAGAAUUGAGAUCCCCAAUUUUGGCAGAGGUGAACUCCACAAGGAUAUCCAAGAGUUCUUGGACCUUUUGCCUGUCGAACGGAUAUUACAAAUCACUCUUGAAUACUACCAUCAAGAUGCGGAGUUCCAGAGAAUGAUUGCAUACUUCCAAAGCCCCGGAUUUAAGCAGCUGGUUCUAGAAGUAGAGCAACUGCCUGAGAUUAAAGUUUUGAUGGAUUACAUUCAUAAUGCCGGCAUUGACAUUUACAAGAUCGUGAACAUACUGAACAGUGCUCUCGGACUUCCUCCUCUUACCCCGCCCUCCUAUGCCUACGGUACACAGAUCACCGGUGGAAUUAGGGGAUUCGUGGAUGAUAUCCUGGCCGUUUUGCCCAGGGCAGAGCUUGAUGCAUUGUACGAAAAGAAGUUACGAGAAUCGCCAGCAUUCGCCGAUUUCAUCAGGCAAUUGGAAUCCCCGAACUUCCAGGAGAUCGUCAACAAGGUUUACGCUCACCCCAAAACCCAGGAGCUUUUGGCACACGCUAGAAAUGCCGGUAUUGAUCUCGUAGCCAUCAAGGACUUGCUGUAUGUUCUCUGGGGCAUCAGGAUUCCCUCUUACUAAUUGAUGACGACCGUCAACGCCACAGAAAAGUUAUUUCUUUUCUAUUAUCAUAAACGUCAAUAGCAUUUUCCAAAGUUACAUGUCAACUCAUAAAUAUUAAAACCUAUCUGUAAUCUUGUAUAUUUCAUUUGUAAAAUAAUAAAUAAGCAUUAUAUACAUUG